GAAAGGAGGGAACUCACAUCUCCGUCCUCCAACCUUUGCCCCAGAGAAGUGGAUACCGGGUGCCCUGGGCCUGAACAGCCCUGAGGCAGGGAGUGGGACAGCCUGCUGUCCUCUCCCGUUUGGCGGGCUUUGUCAGGCCCCUCCUCCUGACGCUGACCUUUUCACCACAGGCACCUGCAGUACACACAGAGGAGUCCUUGGACUUUGAGGAGGAGUGCACGGCAAGCCGAGGUCAGCAGGGAGGGGAGCUUGGCCUAAAGACACCUCUCCAGCAAAUGACUGGGGAAGCCCUGAAAAGCAGGGCCUGAAUCUCUGUGACCAGAAGUGGGGGUAGUGCGUGGACUUUUAGUCGGGGUGGGAGGGUGCGCGUGAAUGAUGCUCUCACCCCAUUUGCAUUAUAGGCUGUGCAAACCCGGAACGAUUCUGCCUCCAUACUCGGCGUUGACUCAGAAUUCCCUGAGUCCCGGUCCAACUCUGUGAGCUGACUACUGCCCCUAGUGUUAGAUCAGUCCAUAGACAGUGGGAGCAAUGCCUGUGAAUCUGUUGGAGGAUUGGUGCAAGGGCAUGGACCUGGACCCCAGGAAGGCCCUGCUGAUCGUGGGCGUCCCUGUGGAGUGUAGUGAAGAGGAAAUUAAAGAGACCCUGAGGGCGGGCUUACAGCCCCUUUGUGCCUACAGGGUGCUGGGCAGAAUGUUCAGAAGGGAAGACAGCUCUAAGGCAGUUCUCAUUGGAUUGGCCGCCCAGGUCAAUUACGCUAUGGUGCCGAGUCAGAUCCCAGGAAAGGGAGGUACCUGGGAAGUGGUGGUGAAGCCCCGUAACCCAGAUGAUGAACUUAUCAACAGACUGAACCACUUCCUGAAAGCUGAGGGCCGGAGAAUGGUAGAUGUGGUCAAAACCCUGGGGUAUAUCACUCGCCCUGAGGAGGGACAGCCAAAAGGCUUGGCCCAAGUCAGGCCGCCAGACCCGCAGCCUCUGCAAGAAAGCAUGUGGUACCGAAAACUGAAGGUGUUUUCGGGAAGCACUUCCCCAGGCCCGGGCGAAGAGAACUUUGAAGCCUGGCUGGAGCAGGUGACGCAGAUGAUGCAGAUGUGGCGGGUGUGUGAGGUAGAGAAGCAGCGGCGUUUGCUGGAGAGCUUGCGCGGCCCCGCCCUGUCCAUCGUGCGGAUGCUCCGGGCCAACAGUGGCUCCAUGACCGUGGCACAGUGCCUGGACGCCCUGAAGCAGAUCUUCGGGAAUAAAGACAACUAUAGAACCGCACGUUUUCAGUUGCUCCAGACCUUGCAGAAGCCCGGAGGGAAAGUCUCUGCCUUCUUGCUGCGGCUAGAGCCCGUGCUGCAGAACGCUGUGCGGCACAGCCCCUUGCCAGUGAGAAGCGCAGACAUGAUUCGCCUGAAAUACACCCUAGCCCAGGCCCACGUGAGCACCGGCCUCCGGGACAAGCUCAUGGUCUUGGAUCAGCGAGGCUGUGCGCCCCCCUUCCUGGAGUUGAUGCAGCUCGUUCGAGACGUGGAGGAGUGGCAGACCGCCGCGGCAGUGACCAGGGAGAAGCAGAGGCAGGUAGGAGGGGGCCACAGGGCCUCUGGCACCCAGGUAGUGGCAGAAACCAGUGUCCCGGUCCGUCCGGUCAUGGUGCGGGCAGGGCAGUUCCAUGACAGCAGCACUCAGACCGUCCAGGAAGGGGCUACCCUGUCACUGAAGCGCAAGCAGGUGCCACGCUGCUGCGAGACUGGGGAGGAAGGCCACAGCCAGGCCGCGUGUCCUAGGGCCGAGGACCAGUCCCCGGCAAAGCAGGCGCCUCAGCCUGCAGCAGAAGAGUCGGGAAACGAGAUGCGGGCUGGGGCCGGGAGCCACCCCAGGUCCCAGGAAGCAUAGGCUCAAGUUCCCCCAAGCCCUGCGCGGCGUGGAGACCCCGAGCCCAGUCCCAGGAGCCGGCGGGAAAGACGGGAUGGACGAGGUCACAGCCAGCGUCCACCCCAGGACCUGGGA